AUGCCUCAUAAACAUAAAUCCAAAGCGAACGUCGAAGGCAAGCGCUUGUUAGAACAGCUCGAGGUGAUAGAAGCUAUGGAAGACGCAAUGCCGCGGGAUAUCUCACCCCUACUGGACCGAAUACUCCAAGAUACAUUCAGAAGCGUCAAAGUCGAGUGGCAGGACUUAGACGGGAUACAUUGGGGACCCGACAGACAAGAGUUGAAAGAGCACCGUCAUAGAAACCCGACUCCCCCAGAAGUCGGAUCCAAUCCAGAGGAUGAUACCGACAGCGACAGCAGUUACUCCGGUUCCGACGACGCUAAAGAACCACUAAAUCCAGACUCUCCGGAUCCAGAAACCCGUCCAUCCACUCCGAGUCCAGCGGCGAAAUACAUACGAGGACAAAAACUCGUUCGAAUGUCUUCUUAUUCCCAUAUCGACCUACACGACUCGGGGAAAAACGUACCGGACAUACCAGAAAUCUUGUUCGUCCCGGGGGCACCUGUUCCUUCUAACCACGAAGGUAAUCAUCAUGAGCCCGACUCGGAGGAGGUGGAGCUGGAAGACUGCAGUGAAGAUAUUGAUAUUUGGGAUGGACGUCAGUCUAGAGCAGGGUUGUUGUAUCCCACGCCUGUUCCUUCCAGUCCGGUUAUACUGGGCGAGCCGGAAACGGAAUUUGAUGACCUUGAUGACGAAUUCUUUGUCGCGCUCGUUGAGAGGAUUGAUGAAGAGAUAAAGCUCGGCGAGAUGGAAGACAGGGACUCGAAGGCAAGAAGGCCGUGGGAGUCUGAAAGCUUUUUAUCAAGUGAAGAUCCCGAGUUCGGUGGAGUGGAGGAUAUUGAUGAGUUGACUGCCAAGUUCGAGGAGUUUUGUUUUGGAUUUUCGGAUUUAUGA